CCAUUUUACGUCUGAAUUGGGUUUUGCACUCCCACCUUCAGCUUUUAUUUUAAACACAUAUACCUCCUGUUGGUGGGUCCAUUCUGAAUCACGCGAUUGGAAAAUGAUAAAGAUGGGCACAAAAACUUACCCAUCUUUUUCUUCUUCUUCAUUGCUUGCUCCGAUUCAAUUUUUCCAAACAAACCCUAGUCCUAAAUCCACCUUCUCACCUUAAAUUCAUUUCUUCGUCAUCCCAAAUUCACUCCUCCACUUUUUUCUUCUCUGUCCUACCUUCUUCAUUUAUUUCUUUAUUAUUAUUAUUUCUAGAAAUAAAAAUUGUUGCAAGGUUAGGAAUAGGGACAGGGUUAGGGUUGGGAUUUUGGUGAGGAAGAAGGGUGAGAGAUGGAAGGGUGUUUUUUGUCUUUCACUGUUUCCCUGAACACUUUUAGUGGACAAGGGGGAGUGUUGCUUUCAAAACUUCACUUGUAUAAUUCUUAGAAGGAGUGUGAUCAUAAUUAUCAGGACCCUGAGUGGUACUAUUUUAUCCUUUACUUGGUAAAAAAAUGAGCUUCAAAAUUAUGUGAUUUUUUUUUUUUUUUAAUGGGCAAAGAAAAUUGUUAUCAAAGAGCACCUAAGCAAAGAUGGGGUGCAACCAACCAUAUCAUUUGUUUGUAUACUUACUAGAUCAGCUGAUUGUUGGGCUGAGUUCUCUGUUAUUAAUGAUUUCUAUGGAUCCAAGAUUUUCUUAUACUUCUCCAUUUUCCUGCAAUUCUUUUCUGGGAAAUGAGUAUUGUUAGAAGAAAUAAUUAAAAGAGAAAUGGACAGUGGGAGGGGGGAAGUUAUGUCAUUGGAGCUUGCCAUGAAAAGGGAGCUGGCAUAUCGGAAGAAAGUAGACAGGUUACUGUUGCAAUUACAUGGUGGAGUCUCCAAGGAAAACCCGGUGCCAUCUUCAAGUCCAAGGCCAAGUUCAGGCUCAAAAUUUUCAGGAAUAAAGAGAAAAGCACCAACUAGCAGCUUCAAUUGCCAACCACGUCAAAUGCUGCAACCCGUUGAUCAUAGUAACACACUUAAGACACAAAGGGAUGACUUAUUUUGCAAAGUCUGUCAAGUCCCCUGCUCAGGUGCCAAUAGUCUCAAGCAACACUUACUAGGUCAAAAGCACAAGGAUAGACUACAAAACUUGACACCUAGUAUGAACAUUGGAGAAGAGGGAGCAAAACAACGAUUAUGGUGUGAAUUGUGUAAAAUUUGGUGCAUGAAUAAAAACUCAUUCAAAGAUCACUUAAAAGGUAAGAAGCACCAGUCCAGAGCACAAGCCGUGGAACUACAUGGGACAGAUGAUGGAGAAAUAGCGAACCAGAUGAAUAAGUACUGCAAAGUGUGUAAAAUUUGGUGCAUGGACGCAUUCAAUCAGCAUCUUGAAAGCAAAAGGCACAUCCUUAACCUUCAUGCUGCCAAGGGAAAAAAGAUGGUGUUGGAGGACAAUUAGGCUGCAUUACCAAAGCCAAACUGGAAAGAAAGUAGGAGAUUAUCUAGCGAAGUGUAAGAUUAUUAACAAGGAAACUAACUUAAUUGAUGUGUUUGAUAAACUCUUUUGUUUUGGAAGUGAAUGUUAGAGAAGAAGGCUGGAUUUUUUGUUUAGACCCGUUUUUCUUAUAUUCAUGUACCAGUUGAUUUGGGAGUUGCAACAGAUAGAUUUUGCAUUUCAA